UAAAACGCCAACCCUGACGAGGUGGAAAAUAGCAAAAUAACCCAGGGCUACAAAAUAAAAACACACACACACAUGAGCGGCUCACCGGUCAACGAGUUUGAAUAUAACUUCUGGGGUGCUAUCAUUAAAAACACUCGAGAAAACGGCACAAGUCACACCGGCGUAAUCCCGACGAAGCAGCUGACUCCGUUUUCCCUCUCUGUGAGAGUGGCGAUGUUUUCCUCGCAGUCCUGCACACACGGCAUUCAUAUGCUCCAAGCCAAGAAAGCAGAUGGGCUCGAGCAAGCGAUGAAGACUUCGAAUGUAAGUUUUGCCGAGCGCGUCUCUUUCGUACAAAAUCAGCGGCACGCUGCGGAUAAAAUCUUCUGUUUAUAUUUUGUAAAGUCUCUCGUACAGCGCCGCUUCCGUGAAACUCGAGCACCCAGCUUGAUACGGAAUCCCUCUGGAUGCAAGAUGCGCUGA